AUGUCCACCAUCCUCGCCACCACCGUCCCGCGCAAAACCGCCCCGCGCCCCGCCAAGCCCGUGGGGCGCUACUGGAAGGGCAAGGCGCCCAAGGGCGCGCCCGAGCUCCCCCAGUCCGACUCUGACGAAGACGACAAUGAGGACGAUGAGCAGAAACCCGAGGAGGAGGGGGACGAGCGGAUCGACGAGAUGCAGGGAGAGGGCGAUGACGAGGGCGAGCUGCAGGUGCGCAGGGAGGAGGGGCCAGGGCCGGGGAGGAAGGGGACGCGGGCGAUCAAUGUGGCGCUGCGCGAUGUGAAUAUUUCGAGGGAGGGGAAGGUGAUUGUCGGGGGGAGGGAGGAGUCGGGGAGGACUGCGCUGGAAGAGUCUGAAGAGGAGGAGGAGGAAGAGAAGGAGGAGGCCAAAGAAGAGUCCAGUGAAUACGAAACCGACUCUGAAGAAGAAGAGUCCGAGGAGGAGAAACCGAAAGUCCAAUUCCGACCCGUCUUUGUCCCCAAACGUGCGCGAGUGACCGUCGCGGAACGCGAAGCACUAGCAGAGGACACGGAAGAGGCGCUAGCUCGGAAAGAACGCGAGGCCGAGGAACGGCGGAAACAGAGCCACGACCUCGUAGCUGAGAGCAUCAAGCGCGAGCUCGCAGAAAAAGAGAAGGACGAAAUCAUCCCCGACGUGGACGACACGGACGGGCUCGACCCGGAGGGCGAGUUCGAGGCGUGGCGCCUGCGCGAGCUCGCGCGCAUCAAGCGCGACAAGGAGGAGGAGAUGGCGCGCGAGCUCGAGCGCGAGGAGAUCGAGCGGCGGCGCGCGCUGCCCGAGGAGGUGCGCCUCCGCGAGGACCUCGAGCGCGCGAAGAAGCUGCGCGAGGAGAAGCCCAAGGGCAGCCAGAAGUUCUUGCAGAAGUACUGGCACAAGGGGGCGUUCCACCAGGACCAAGAGAUCCUGAAGAGGCAUGACUAUACGGAGGCGACGGAGUCGUACAAGGACGUGGCGCUCCUGCCGAAGGUCAUGCAAGUGAAGGACUUUGGGAAGCGCAGCCGGACGAAGUACACGCACUUGCUCGACCAGGACACCACCGUCGGGAACGGUGGCUUCGGGGGGUUGGUCGCGGGCAAGCCAGGUGCGGGGAAGAGCGCGGACGGCCCCGCGCAGGCGGGCUGCUUCAACUGCGGGGGCCCGCAUCUCAAGAAAGAUUGUCCGCAGAAGAUGGAGCAGCAGGGCGGGCGCGGUCCGCAUGGGCCCACGGGUGCGAAUGCUGCACCGACGGGCCCCAGGCGGGAGCGUGAGGAGGCGGGCAAGUCGUGGCGGGACCGGGACCGGGAUGACCGGCCGCCUAUCCGUCGUGACGCGGACAGGUGGAGAGACGAUGAUCGGGAACGGGAUGGGCGGAGAGGAGAUAGGUAUGAUGGGCCGCGCAGGUCGAGGUCGCGCUCGCGCUCGCCGCCUAGGAGGGAGAGGGAGCACAGACGGUCGAGGUCGAGGGAUCGGUAUAGGGAGGAUGAAUAUCGGAGGCGGAGGUCGAGAGAGCGGUCGGUGGAGUAUGAGAGGGAUGGGAAGCGGAGGCGGGUGGAUUAGAGGUUUACAAGUAUUGCGACAUGGCUUUUGGCCAGUGAUAGCAUCGAACGACUGACCCUCGGAUGAGCGUUGAAAUGCCUGCGGUGCCGGGUUUGGACCUUUAUCUUAUCUCUGAUUCGCGCUUCCUCCACCCCGAAGUUCUGGAUCGCGAUCUAGUGCUAUGGGAGCUAUAUAUCUUCCCUCCUUAUCCGCUGACCAGUCCAUCCGCUGAAAUGUCUUCCCCGUCUCUGCCCUCGACCUCGCUGCAUACGCUCAAUGUCUGCCCCACGCUGACCAAUUCGUCUUGCGCGUGGGCUUCGGAUCUGAAGCAGUUGACGGAGCUGUAUGAGUGCGAGUGGACAGGGGCGGUCGUAUGUCGGACAGCUACGCGGAAUGGGUUCAAGGAGGGGGAAGAACAUGGGGUCGUCUUUGGCAAGGACAAGUCCGAGGCUACAUUAACCACCCUGAACUCUUAUGGCUACUCACCACAUCCCCUCUCCCAAUACCUCGUUUGGUUCCGUGAGCUACUGUGUUCCCCGCCGCCUUCUACGAAUCCCUCCAAGCCCAUUAUCAUCAGCAUAACUUCCAACGACCCCCGUGAACUGAAGGAGAUGGUAGAUUCCAUCCAAACCUUCCGCAGAGAAAUUGGCGACAUCCCUUUAACCCCGUUCUCAAAUGCGAACCUACCGACAUGUCGAAUAGGCAUCGAACUUAAUACUUCGUGCCCUAAUAUGGGCCCAUCACAUCCGCCGCCGGCGUACAUACCGACCUUGCUGCUCCCGUUGCUCACCGUCCUGUCGAAUGCGUUCAAGGCAGACCGGAGCCUCGCCAUUGGGCUGAAGCUGCCGCCCUUCGUGUACCGCGGCCAGUUCGAUGCCAUGAUCGGCGCUGUGCAUCUGUUUACUUACAAGUCCCCCG